AUGAGCAAGUUACUAGCGUGGAAUGAUGCGCUUUUUCUCGUGCGCUGGGAGCGGGGAAAGCUGCAGAUUCAGCGCAUGGACGUCGACAAUAAAAGCAAAACAAUUUCGCUCCAUCUUUGUACUGUCAAUAGCAAUAAUGAAACGACUGGGCUUCCAGUCGACGCUCGUCUCGUCGCUGCCAACGAAGUGGAAGACUCGAUCUUGGCAAUUCGUUAUCCAGUGUUGGUAUUUCUCUCUAUGCAAGAGGCAAGACAAAGUUUGUCAGCAAGUGACAAACGUCGGCGAUCGAUAGAGAAUUAUGAUGCAGUUGUUGCAAACAAUAAUGCUGUACUGAGUCCUACGAGCUGGCUCGUUGUGUGUAUUUUGUAUCAACAAGAGGGUACUGACGAAAUGCAAUUGCGCUUUUUAAAGAUGUUGGAAGUUCCAACACGAUUUAGAGAUGAAGAUGUUUCCGUUGAUGAGAGAAAUGCCAAUAUGCUGCAGGUUUUUGUAAUGGACGGACCUCAUGUGGUGUUAUUUGAGCGUCGAUCGCAACAUAUGACGUUGUUAAAGCUUCAAAGAGCAAUGCAGGGUAACGAGUCGUUAGAAUUUCGUCAAGCGCUGGAUGUGGCACAUGACAUGAAAGACGACGCUCCGGAGACGAAUUUGGAAGUGAUAUCUUGUACUUACGUGUCGGAGUUGUAUAGUACCUGGCCGCAUAUUCUGAUUCAUAUGCUACGGUCGUCGUCGUCAUCAUCCGACAGACACACUUGGAGUGUCGUGGAUCUUGAAGAUGACAGGGGCAAUAUCGUUAGCAACAAAAAAGCUUUGCAUUGUCACUACCUACCUGUAUUUUCCUCGGCUGCAAGGUGCAUUGGGCCAAUGUCGAAGCUUGAACAGAUAACUUGUUGUUGCUUCAUUCUCGAGAAGAGUCAAAGAGAUUUUAUAGCAUCACCUUUCUGCGAUACAGAUGCCUUCGUGUCUUGGAAUCUGGGGUCAAGUCCUCAAUCUACACAGACGAGUAUAGGUGUGUCGACGCUGGUGGUCACUGGUACUACCAGUAACACGAUAUAUGUCCAUGCAAACGGGAUUCUACUCGCCUCCUACGUGCUGCCUACUCGACCAGCUGAGAUAUGGUCCUUAUGUGAAAACCGCUCGGACCAAAGACAUGUGCUUUGUGUGCGCUGCGACGACGAUAACCGUUCGUUUUUCAUGUUGGAAUUUUCCAGUAAUGUGCAGCACGUGUCCAUGGGACUUCUAUUAUCGUUUAAACAUGUAGGUCACGCGCAUAACGUAAAUUUUGCUGGUACGCACGCGUCUGACAGCUUUACUCAAGUCCUCCUUCUCAAUGAUGUUCGAGGGAUUUUUGGCAUCUAUGAUAGCACGUACACAGUUGGGAAUAGAUCGGACGCCUAUAAAUCCCUGGAUCACAAACAGCUUGUGAAGCGCAGUGUUCUGAUCUCACAAAAGUCAUCAUCGCCUGAAAUAAAGCUAUCGUGCCAUCGACUUCGACGACAUGAAGAAAAAAAUAUGAAGGAUGGCUCCCGUUUUCGCAAAAGAUCUCGCAAUAAUGAGGACGUCAGAUUUGGUGAUGUAAAGGCAGAGCCAUUCUGCUACAUUGAACGCACUCAUAAGGCUUCGUCUCGUGAUAAAAGCGUGAACCACUUAGAAGUGAUCGAAGAUGGCGCAGCUAAUGAUUUAGCUGCUUCGCACGUGCAGCUUGGCAAACUUGCUGGUUCUCUUUUUGCACGUCUGAGCAAUGGGUUGCAGGAGCUGGAACGCCUGCAAGUAAUUGUGAGCGACAAGGUCGCACUAGCUCACCAACUCAACCAGCUUAUCGUACAACUAUGGCAAAAACUACAAGCUAAAGCGAGAAAUCCCAGUAUGAAGCACUUAUUCUUGCAGACUUUUGGGGGUUCAGCUCAAGAGGUAGACAUCCCCUACUUUGGCUCUCAGGGGCGUGCAGAAAUGGAAACGAUUGUCACGGCGACUACUGUCCGGAAUGAUGCAAAGGAUGGACCAAAUAAGCAAGAUUCAGAAUCUGAUUUGAAUGACCUUAAGCUGGAGCAGCAAGUGUCUUUGAAGCGCCUCACUCUGCUCGAAUACGCGCCGUCAUCGUCACUUGUUCACGCCGAAGUUGUCUUAACGAACAUGUCCGACUUCGCUAUUGAUGAUAGUUAUGUUUUUCUGACAGCACCAAAGGGAGGACAAACAGUUACUCAGGGCUGGAGGUGCUUGAGCUCAGUGGCGUCUGAAUUUUCUCGUGCUCGGGGCAUGACCGAAAGCCAGACAACGCAACAACAGGAAGCCCGAUUUCAGCUAGAUUUCCAGUUUGAUACAAGCUAUAUAUUCCUUCGUGAGCGAAAGCCGUUAGAGGUAAUGUUAUGGCUGCAUUGGGGACCAUCUCAGGAUGCUUUUAUCUCCAACACCACUCAAGCCUGGCAUCCAAGCGAGUCGGCUCUUGCUAUUGCGUCUGUCAAAAUUUAUCCUGAAAACCUGAUUGGAAUCGGUGAAAGGUUGCAGACAACAGUCGAAAGCAGUUGGAGCGACCAAAAUCAAUUGCUGUUCAUCUCAUCUGGCUCAAAUCUGGUAUCGUGGUCUGAACAAACGUGUACUGGAAUACCCGCUUCUAUUGAUUCCGUCAUUCGACCAACGUUUGCCCUGAUAAGCAUUAACGUGAGAUCCCGCGAAUCGAUGCUUUACGAGUUGAGAAGAUUCGCUGCAGACCUUCCCUCAGACGUUUAUGUGAUGCACAACCCGUUCCAACAUACCCACCUGGGCGUGCUACGGCGCAUGUUGUGCUCCAUGCGUCGAGAGAUUCUUACUAUUCGACGACAUCAAGGUUCACAAGACAAGGAGGAGGAAAUGGAUAAGGGGCACGGAGCAGGGGACAAGCAUACAGCGUCAACUCAUCGUGCGAUGCAAUGCGACACAGAUUUACGUGCUAACUGGUUACUACAACGACUGCAAGAGCGUGUCAACUUUCACGUGAUGUUGUUUAACGCUUGUUCCAACAAUGUAUAG